UUCUAAGCAUGCAGUUCUUGCUGAAGCUUUUGAUCUGUCAUCGCAGAUAGUACCUACUUCCUUUUUUUAUCAGUCUCUAUAAUUCGCUAACUUUUGUCUUUAGGGCUAGAAGGAAUUCCUUCUUAAGAGGAGCGUGUCCGCGUCGGUCAACUGGAUCGCCUUAGUAUAAUUUUUUAUAUGCCAUAAAUAUAGGUAUAUGUACUUAUAUAUACAUGUCGUUGCAACUGUCCUCUUCCUCUCUCCGCUUCGUUCUCGCCUUUCGACUCUUUUUGGAGAGGGUGCGAGGACUGCGAGGAUGCAAGUGCAAGUCGCGCGUUGUAAGCAAGCGUACACAAGUAUACACCCACCCAUCUUCAAUUCUCCAGCGGUUUGUUGGUGAAAAGUGUGCGUGAAAGUAGAAAUAAAUACACUGCACAUUUCGGAGCAGCUGCCAGAGGCUCAGCUCGCGUGUGGUGUGAUUGUGUUGUUUUUUUUUUUUUUAUUUGUGCCGAUUUUUGUGUAGAGUGUACAAGUUAUAUUGGUACCUAUUUUAAUUUUAUCGAGCACCUAGUGGUAUAUUUUCUCGGGGAAGAUGUCGCGCUCGGAAAAGGAACGAGCCAAACAAAUACAGGACAAGUGCCAGAACCUCCUCACGCAGAUGCUACGUGACGAGGACAACAAGUACUGCGUUGACUGCGAUGCCAAGGGACCAAGAUGGGCCAGCUGGAAUUUGGGUAUAUUCCUGUGCAUCCGUUGCGCCGGUAUCCACAGAAACCUCGGCGUCCACAUAAGCAAAGUCAAGUCCGUCAACUUGGACUCUUGGACUCCAGAGCAAGUCGUGAGCUUGCAACAAAUGGGCAAUUCGCGCGCUCGAGCUGUGUACGAGGCCAAUCUUCCCGACAGUUUUCGCAGACCUCAGACCGACUGCAGCCUAGAGAGUUUCAUCAGGGCAAAGUACGAGCACAAAAAGUACAUUGCCAGAGAGUGGGUGCCUCCGACCUUGCCCAAGGUGAAUUGGGAUAAGGAACUGGACGAGGAGGCCGAGCGCCAGCGCAGGCGGAAAAAAGAGAGUCAAAAGUCGACGACGAGCCAGAGCUCGCUGCCGCCCGUCAAGAAACCCGAAGUAGUGCCUCAACUGCCCAAGCCCCGUACCUCGGCGAGUCCAAAGUUCAACAGGUCGAGUGGCCAUCACCAGUCCGCAAGCACAGCCACUGCCGUCAGCAGCAACAGCCCCGCGAGCUCGAACACGUUGGAUCUGUUGGGUCUCGACGCUCCCGAGAGCAGGGCGAGCGCGAACGGCUCCAACUCCGGUGACGACAUUUUCACGUCGUUCCUCUCGGCGCCGCCUCUGUCUUCGUCCUCCUCUACAGGGCCUACCACAAAUGGCACGAGCGCCACGGAGACGAACAAUGGCACCAGUGUGGGUAGUGCAAACGGCUCAACAGUCAAGUCCGAGGAGGAAAGCUUCUUUAAUCAGCCGGCGCCUACGCCCCUCGAGAGGAGCAAGAUGACCAAGGACAGCAUCAUGGCGCUUUACGCGACUCAGCCCAGUCAGCCUUUUGGUGGUGGCAUGUUCAACCAGCAAUUCCAGCAACAGCAGCAGCAAAUGACGAAUAUGGGAGCAUUCAGUCAGCCACUGAGUCAUAGCCAACCGUCGCAGUUGGGCAUGCACGCGGUCAAUCAAAUGAACGUAGCGGCUAAUCAGAUGUGUAUGAAUCCUAAUCAACUCGGUGCCGUUGCGGCAAAUCCUAUGGUCAACACUGUGGCCAUGCAAGCUCAAAUGCAGCCGGGUGUGACAAACUCUGCUCUGCAGAUGCAGGCAUUAGGUGGUAACAGCACUAGCGGAUGGAGUCAGAUGUUAACGUCGCAAAACUUGCAACCAGCACCUGGAAGCAAUCCUUUUCUUAAUUUGAGUGCUCAACAGAUGUCUCAGCCAUUUGGACAGCUGCCACAACAAAUGGCUCAAAUGUCCCUUGGUGGAAUGAGCUUUGCAGCUCCCACAGGAAAACCGGCCUCGGCGUCAAUACCUGGCCAAACGCUUUCUACAAAUCUGUGGCAGUAACAGACUUUGGAUUCGAUUGUGAGAGUCUGUUCAUUUGGUGUUUUUUUUAAAGCUUUUGUCGAUCGGUAUUAUGACUGGUUAUCGACCAUUGACUGGAGAGUCUAGAAAAAUCUUGAAGAUAAAGUUGAGACAAACUUGAAUCGAAAAUAAGUAUCAGCACAAAAGUGUCAAUACUAUAAAAAUAAUGAGUGAGUCAUCGAGUUAAUAAAAGAAAAAAGUGGACAAAAAGUAGAAGAAAUGAGUCGGGAGUGUGUUUUGUGGGUGAGCCUUGUUUAUCGCUCCGUGCAAUCGUUGAUCUUUCAGCAACGAAAUAUACUGUGGAUGUAAUACUGGGAUAUAGAACAACGUUAUUAUAAUAACAUACCACAUGUCUAAAUAGCAAUCACAUCAUAGGUGAUUACUUUUUUUUAAAUCAGAUAUUGAAUGACAGUGUGGGCAUUCAUCUCCAAAGUCGACGCUUCAUCAAAUUCAUGUGUGAAAAGCAAACAAAUAAAUUAAUAAUUUAAUUAAUGAAACAUUAAAAAACAAUUUUUAAUAAACCUACGUUUAGUUGAUUUCUUUAUUUCAUAAUAUUUUUAAUUAAUUAAUGUAAGAUGUAAUUAAUCGUGUACUGUAAUAGUUAUUCCUGAAUCUUAGACUGCAUAUACAUACAAAUAUCGACUGUUUGACUUAAUUAAAUUAAUUACGUUAUGACCAAAAGUACUGGGUCUAACUGUCGUCUCGUCACGCACUCUGUGGUGUUUUUGUAAUUAUUACAAGAAAAAAUUGUUGUAAAGUGUUUUAAAAAAUUAUAUGAUUGCUAAUAACUGAAUUGCAUCUCGUGUGCAUAAACGUCAUAGAAUAACACCAAUUUUAAUAGUGAUCUUAAGAGUUUGAGUAUUUUUAGUCGACCUUUUAUGGUGCUAAUGUUGAAAAAUUAUAACAACUAUGUAAAAACAAAGUUAUUUCCAUACCUAAGGGGGGAUGCGACUGACAUUGAAUUUAGCUGAACAAUAGAAAAUAUGUAAUGACUGCGACGUAUAUAUAUGCUUGCUUAAAGUUGAAUAAAAAAACCAAAACAGACCAUGAUAAAAAAGGCCUUUCCUGGAUUUUUAUAAAACUAAUGUACGCGAGAUCAUUUAAUAAAAUUGAAAGAAAGUUGUGUUAAAGUUUUAAAGUAUUGUGUGCUACUUUAAUUUAGAAACAAGUAUUAUUGGAAAUUAAAAUUGUGUUAGUAUGAAUGUUGUGUUUGUACCUUCAUAGUUGUAAUAUUAAAAAUUUGAUUGUAAAAUUUUUAAGUUUUGGCAAUCAUUAGAAAUCAUGCGCAAAUAAAGAAUGCCUGCAUUCAAUGCAGUUUGCAAAGUAUAAUUUUUCGUUAUUUAAAGUUUAGUGUGAGUACUUUAAAUUUUAAUCACAUCCUCUCUUGAUGAUAUUAAUAACAAAAUUGUCCACAGUAUUUACUAAGGUCAUAGUGAUACAGCAGUGCAUCAUAAAUUAUUUUUUAUCAAACAUUGAAAUGUAUCAUACACACUAUUUGAACUUGAGAUUUUUAAGUAAAACCGUCCAUGUCAAAACAAAAUUCUUUUCCAAUAGAUGAAAAAACAUUCCUUCAAUCAAAUCAAUUGUGUACUAUAGUUUUUUGAAUAACUUUAUACAUCCAGUUUGGUUUUUAAAUUACAUCUCGACAAAUGAAAUUUAAAACAUACAAGAUCAUUGUUCAAAGUUGUUUGUA